AUGGUGACCUGGACGGAUGACUCAGGUGAAACUAUCUACCUGAAGACGUUCCGGAUCUCACCUGACUGGAGGGGGAGGGGCUUGAGUAUCGGACUCAGGAGGUUGCUCCUUACGGAAAUGUUCAAGGAGAGCCCGAAACUGCGAACCUUCAGGACAAUGGUGGACGCCAAGGCACCACAGCUUAUCAAAAGGCUGGGUCUGGCCGUCAAAUCUAAGUUCAAAGUGGAGACAAUGUUCCUCCAAGCAGAUGUAGAGGCGCUCACUGCCAAAGUUGAGGACCAGGAGAGAUCCAUGCAGUCAACGGCAUCAACCAUCAAGUCUUUUAAGCACAUGGACAUGAAGCGAAUGCUAGCGGACGAAUUCGCCUCCAAAAUCCUGCCGGGGAGAACCGUCUUGGAUGACACAGAUGCCUACAGUUUUUCCCUGGAGAACAUGAAAACUUUGGAAGAGAGGAAAUGCUACAUCCUUGUUGAUCGAAGUGGACCCGCAGUGAAGAGCCUGAGCGUUGGGGGAAGCUAUGCCACGUCGCGAGGUGUUGUGUGCUACUUCGCGAUACAUUGCAAGGACAGACAGUUAGCGAAAAGUCACCUGGUUUUACAGAUGAAGCAUGCGUGUGGUGCGCUUGGUGGCGGGAGUGUGACGUUCAUUGUCACCGUUACGGACUCCUCUCUGACUGAAGACUUGGCUAGUUACUGUAAGGCGUCCCUGAGGCUAAAGGAUCUGCCGUACGGCGGAACACACGAACUCUUGGAGUCACGCAGUCUUGUCUUGCAAGAAAAGAAAAUCUAACUAGAGUUAAUGUUCCACGCCGUGACGUCUUACUUUCGCCGC